UCAAAUUCCUACUAAAUCGGGAUAAGUUGUAGGGAAGAGGGAUUCUUUUAUUUGUAUAUUUAAAAUCAAUUUUUAAGAUUUUAUGGUAUUUACUAUUCAUUGAUAAUAAAUAUAAAUAUGUCAAAACCGGAGGAUAAUGAUGAAAACUGGAUUGCUGCAUUGGACAAUUUGUGCUCGCAGUUAAACGUAGACCCAGUUGCAGCGAAAAAAUCAAAGCAAUCCUUUGCCGAAAUUAGGCGAAAUUUUACUCUAGAUGGAGAUGUUUUACACUGGAUGGCAUGUGCCCUAUAUGUCGCAUGUCGUACAGCUAUUACUCCUACGGUUGAAACAGGCAAAGCAGUGGCGGGAAAUUGUGUUAGUCUGACUAGGCUACUGAGAUUAUGCAAUAUAAGUUUAAUUCAGUUUUUUAACAAAAUAAAAAAUUGGAUGGACAUGACAUUGAUGCCAGCUGAUUUCAAGGAUCGAAUUGGUAGAUUGGAGCACAAGUUUGCAGUUUCUACUGUAUUAUUCAGAAAAUUUCAACCAUUGUUUCAAGAAAUUUUUUCUGGGCUCACAACUGAGCCUGUUAAAUCUAAUUCAAAGAGUAAAAAACAGAAGCUCCAGCCGUGCACUACAAAUGCAGUGUUUGAGUUCACAUGGUGUCUCUAUGUCAGCGUGAAGGGAGAGUUUCACAAUUCAGCUGAUGAUUUGGUCGACAUGUAUCACUUGUUGUUAUCAUGUUUGGAUUUUAUGUUUGCUAAUGCAUUCAUGUCAAGACGCAUAGACCUCCUAAAUCCAAGUUUUAAAGGUCUACCUAGUAAGUGGUUAAAUGAUGAUUUUGAGUUGCCAGAAAAUCCACCAUGCAUAGUUUCAGUUCUGUGUGAAAUCAAGGAUGGACUUGCUGUAGAAGCUAAUACAAUGAAAGAGUAUAGUUGGAAGAGAGUUAUGAAAUCAUUCUUUGAUAAAAAGUUGCUGAAAGGAAAUAGUGAAACUCAAUUGGGUAUACUUGACAUAGGAAAUUUUGAUUUAAAUCAGAAAUCAUUGAACAAUCUAUAUGAGACUUAUGUUCUAAGUGUUGGGGAAUUUGACGAGAGAAUAUUUUUAGGUGAACAUGCACAGGAACAGAUAGGAACAAAGAAAGUGUCCGGAGAUGAAAUAUCACAAGUUAUUGCAAACUUUGGUCCUAGUGCAAAAUCAUGUCCUGAUACACCAUUAACUGGUCGUAGUUACUUGGAACGUAGAGCUGAAAAGUUGACUCCAGUGUCCGAGGCCACCAACAGCCUCGGUAGGUUAGCCAAGUUCCUACACCAGUGCAGGCCUCAGCCGUCGUCUGCACUUUUAAGAUUGUUUUCUGAGUAUGGAGUUAGUGAAGAAACAAUUACAAAGAAAGUUAUAGAACCAUGCAACAUGUGGAGUGAACAAUUUGGAAACAGCCUGAAGGAAUGUGACUGCAGUGCGGAGACAAUCAGGUUCAGGUGUAAUAUGGUGACAUGCCUGUAUUACAAAGUGUUUGAACAUAUUAUUAGAGAAGAACACAGGAAAAAGCCCCAGGUUUCCUUACAGAUUUUAUUAUCACAAGAAACAUAUCAGCUUACCGUAUUUGCGUGCUGUACGGAAGUAGUUUUACAUUCAUAUGGCGUCCACUCGCUGAGGUUUCCCAGAGUUUUGCAAAUAUUUGGCCUGAGUGCUUUCCAUUUCUACAAAAUUAUUGAACUGGUUGUUAAGGCGAUUGUGGAUAAACUGAGCAGGGAUGUCAUUAAACAUUUAAAUGCUGUUGAGGAACAGGUGCUGGAAUCACUUGUAUGGAAGUCCGACAGUCCUCUGUGGGAUCAGUUGUUGAGGUCACCUGUACCUCCUUCCUCAAAGGUUUACGUUCAUGAUUCACCAAAUGCAAAGAAUACAGCAAUAGAUCGGUAUAUAACACCGAUGGCUGACCAAGCAAAAAAACAACUCUUCAAAGAUAAUGUUAAACCUGGGCAGUCAUUGUUAGUUAAUACAAAUCCAAAGCAUGAUGCAGUUGAACCAGUGACUCCGAACGGCGAAACCACGCCCAAUACGACGCCUAAAAAGACGAAUAACUCAUUGAUACUGUUCUUUAGAAAGUUCUAUAGUUUGGCAGUAGUUCGAAUGAAUGAUCUUUGUACGCGCCUAAGACUGACCGAUGACGAGCUGAAGAGGAAGAUAUGGACGUGUCUAGAAUACUCCAUAAUGCUUCAAACACAACUCAUGAAGGACAGGCAUCUAGAUCAGAUAUUGAUGUGCUCUGUCUAUGUUAUAUGUAAGGUAUCAAACACUGCUAGCAAUCAGGUAGAGCGCACAUUUGCAGACAUAAUGCGGUGCUACCGGCAGAGGCCUCUAGCGGACAAUCAUGUUUAUAGAUCUGUAUUGAUCAGCCAGAUUGACGAAGGGUCACCAGAGCGAGGAGAUUUAAUAAACUUUUACAAUAGAGUAUAUGUGCAGUGUAUGCAGAAUUUCGCGCUAAGGUUUACUGGAAGACAUAAAGAUGAGUGCAGCCUGUCGCCGCUGCCGGCCGCUCGCGGCUCGUCUCUGUCUCCGGGCGGCCAGCGCGUGUGCAGCGCGCAGCAGCUCUACGUGAAGCCUCUCCCCUCGUCGCCGCCCACGCACCGGCACCACCUCACCUACCGGUUCAGCCGCAGCCCCGCGAAGGACCUGCAAGCUAUCAACACGCUGAUGUCGAGCGAGGUGGGCGGCGUCAAGCGAGGAGUCGUGAGCGACGCCGGCGACCUCGUCAAGAGAGCCAGGUGCGCACCCGGCGUGGCCCGCAAGCUGCAGGGACUGGUCAGCGACCGACAGGCGCUCUGAGAACCAUCAACCAACCAUUCCGUAAUAAUCCAGUAGUCCAGAUUGAAAAGAAAUUAUCAUGCUCUCUAGGACGUCUUUUAUUGCACUUAUUGUAAUUAUUUUGAAAAAAACAUAAUAUCAAUUUUUGUUUUACCCUUUUAUAUUAUAUAGAGAAAAUAAGACAUUACUGUGCUAUUUUGAGCACUGCCACAAAAUAUUUAAGUUUGCUAUUUGUAGUAUGUUGGCUGUGCCUAUAAAAAGAGACAUAAAUGCGAAAAUGUUUUGAAAUCAAAUAAAACUGUUUAUUUUAUAUGACAAAAAUCUAUGUAGCCUAUGUUAAGCAUAAAAUCAAAUCCCAACACGCUAUUUAUGGCAUUUUAGGUAUAAUCGCUUACCUUUGAUAAAUCUUUGUUCUUAUGUUUUAGUUAAAUAAAAUGAGUUUACUACAAAGUUGUAUAUCAUAGAAUCAUAAAUUUAAUUUUAUAUCUAGUUCUCUAACAAAAUAUCAAUUGAUUUUCAACUUUUGGUUUAAUACGUUUAACAGUUUAUCUGUCGAAAAUAUUAAAACCGUAAAUGAUAGUCCACUGAAAUUAGUUUAGUAGCGAAUUAAUUUCGGAUUAUACAGGGAGAGAUAAGGAAAAAAUUAUUGGGGCGGCGCUAGUAGCAAGUGGGUAGAUUUUAAAGAAAGCGCUAAUUUUAUACGUUAUAUGGUAAUUAAUAAAUUAUUUUAAAACUUUUCAUACAUUUUAUGUGAUCUUUGAUAUUUAAUAUUAAAUAAUCAGUUAAAUAUUCUAGUCACUAAAAUCGUAAAUUUUUUUCAACUCAAUCCAUCAACAACGGCAAAAUAUUACAUGCCGUUCUGGGGCAUUUUAUGUGUGCGUGACAAGGUAAGUAUUACACUCGCGAUUUGUAUGUCACUUUGUAUAAGUGUGUGUACAUUGCUCAAAAAAUAGGUUAAACGUCAACCUCAAUUUUUUUUCGACGUUUUCAAGGCUGUCACAGUUCAGAUUCUAGACGUAUAAACGAUUUAAAAUUGUAAGCAAUUAUUAGCUGGACACUUGCUACUGUUCCGUUUUAUGUAUUUUUUCUCCUUACCACUACUCGCCAUAGAGUGCUAAGGAUCAUAGAGCAGGUGGUGGACCAUAGAUAGUGGAUAAGUUGUGGCAGUGUUUGAGACAAGAUCUAUACUGGGCCACAGAUGAAGUAAAUUGAUCUCAUUAUUUAUCGUGUGCGUGUAUCGAGUAUGCCAUAAUAUAUCAACUUGCUCACGUAUAUAGUUAUAGGUGAACAUGUUUCGCGAUGGCUGUGCAGAGGUCGCUUAUGUUUUAAACAUUAUUUCGUAUAACCUCAUUAUUGUAGAUAAUCACAAAUCAUAUUAUUUUACUGUAAGAUGAGACUUCAACAAUUCGUUUAGACGAUUCCGACUUCUUUAUAUAAUUCAAUACAGUCCUUGCGUCAGUAAAUCGGUUUUUAUGUGACGUAAUCAUUUUAAUUUAGAAACACUAUUGAUAUCUUGAUAGAACUUUAAAUGUAUUGAAUUAACCUGAGAAAUAUAUCUCGUUAAGAAUUAUUGAAGUCUCGUUAGCUUUGUAUUGACGACUAUAACCUUUGUUAUUUAAGUAAAGCGGUGGCGGAGUAGAUACAAUUGUCGGUCAAUGACCCGAUACUACUUGUCCUCUGCUGUAUCAAACUCCGUGAGUGUAGCAUAUAGUAUAUCUUAUUUGUUAGGUACACGCUACCUAUUAUGUUCCUUUUAUAACUGAUGAAUCAAUCAGACGAAUGUAUUUUAUUUGCUUCCAUUAAACAAAACACUAUUUUGUUAUUUAGCUAGUUUGUAAGUGACGAACAGAAAAGAAUCAAUUAUUGUUUUACUUUUCAAAUCAAAAUUAAGUAAAUGUGUAUAUUUGGGACAUGAAUGUAUUUAUCAUGUAUUGUAGAUAUUAUUUCGAUUAAAUCUUUUAAUCCC